AUGUCUUCGGAUUCUGAGAACGAAUAUACAACUCGAGCAUGGCUCGUAAUCUUCGGCGCAUUUACAUGUCUUUUUUGCACUGUUGGAUUUUUGAACUCGUUCGGUGUAUUUGAAGACUACUAUGCGACAGCUCAACUAGCCCAUGAAUCGCAAUCAACGAUUGGAUGGCUGGGAGCCAUGGCCAUUUUCUUCCUCUUCUCGAUUUCCACCAUCGCCGGUGCGAUGCUCGACAUUUUCGGACCCAAGCUCAUGAUAUGGACAGGAUCGGUCGGCACGGUUUUCGCCAUCAUGAUGACCUCGCUCUGCAAGGAGUUCUACCAGUUUCUGCUCGCACAAGGCAUUCUCCUGGGUAUUUCCAUGGCCUUGGCUACAUGGCCAGCACUUGCGCUAGUCGGACAGUAUAUCAAGAAGAAGCGUGCUGCUGCGAUGGGGAUCGUUCUUGCCGGGUCCUCGCUUGGUGGAAUUAUCUGGCCCGUGGCGAUCGAUCAGUUGCUCAAACGGCCAGAUAUCGGGUUUCCUUGGACAAUGCGUAUCGUUGGUUUCAUUAUGAUUCCAUUGUUUGCCUUUUCAUGCGUUGUCUGCAAAUCACCGCCAAAGGCCCAUAUUCCCAUGGAUGUUGAUCCGGAGAACGACAUCACAGGCAACGAUACGAGUGGUGAAUCUGCCCCAGAAAAGAAAGUUGAUCAUAAGCAAGAGGCAAUUACACUUUUCCGACAGCCAUCCAUGCAGCUCUUAUGUCUCGCCAUGUUCAUCACAUACUUUGGCAUGUUCGCUCCUUUCUUCUAUACGACAUCAUAUGCAGUUGCGAAGGGGUUCUCGACAACGCUAGCAUUCUACACCGUGUCCAUCGUCAACGGAGCCUCCUUUUUCGGUCGCAUUAUUCCGGGUAUACUGGCUGAUAGAUUUGGGCGAUUCAACUGCUGCAUUGUCUCUACCUUGUCGGCAGGGAUAAUUGCGUUCUGUUGGACUAGUGUGGACUCCGUACCUGGCCUGGUGAUUUGGUGUGCUGCUUACGGCUUCGCAUCAGGGGGCAUUCUUUCUCUUCAGCAGGCUUGUGCUGCCCAGGUAGCUACACCUUCUACAUUUGGUCUCGCCAUCGGUGGUGUCGCUGGGUCUACUGCCUUUUCUGCGAUGGCCAAUGUUCCGAUCAGUGGUGCUCUGGUCGAAAGGUACGGCUAUCUUUCACUGUCUAUAUUUUCAGGCGUGGCAUUGCUCCUAGGCGGCAUGCUGCUUAUCAUUGCUCGCUUGGUGCAAAACAAAAAGCUCUCCGCAAUCAUCUAG